AUGGUGGCCAGAACUGGGCGAGAGUUUGAGCAGCCACCAGCUGCCUCCCCAACCCAGAUAGAGUGUGCCAGCAGAAUGGCCAAGAGAAGGCCCUGCUGCUACUACGGGCUAAGGCCACCAGCCACGAGCUUAGGCCGGCCCGAGGUUCUUCUGCUCCUCUUUCCUCUCCCGCUGGCUCUGGGCUUCAUGGCACUCUGGUUGACUGCAGUCCUGGCUCUCGCCUGCCUUAGUGGUCUCGCUGUCCCAGGCCCAGUGGGGCGAUCCGUGUCUCCCCCCGUGGCCCUGAAGGAGCUUAUUGAAGAGCUGAGCAAUAUCACACAAGAUCAGAGGACUCCCCUGUGCAAUGGCAGCAUGGUAUGGAGUGUGGACCUGGCAGCCGGCGGGUUCUGUGCAGCCCUGGACUCGCUGACCAACAUCUCCAGCUGUAACGCCAUCCACAAGACCCAGAGGAUUCUGAAUGGGCUGUGUGCCCGCAAGGCCCCCGCUGUGGUUUCCAGAGUCCCGGAUACCAAGAUUGAAGCUGCCCAGUUUAUAAAAAAUCUGCUCGGCCACUCAAAGCAACUUUAUCGCCACGGCCCCUUCCCCUGA